ACUGCCGGAAGUGGUCAUUGCAACACGUGUUAGCCAAAUUGAGAUCUUGAGGAGUGUUCGCGUAAUUGUCACUAAAGCUUGUGUCAACUUUAAGACGAAAAUGAAGAUCGAAGUAAAUGAAAAGAAAGAGAAAAAGGUUAAGGAUAAAACAAAAAAAGAUUCAAAGAAGUCUAAGGACAAGAAAAAGGAAAAGAAAGAAAAAAAAUCUCUGGAGAAUGGUGUAGGUUCUUCACCAGAGCUUGAACCUAAGGAUGAAAACGAUGUGAAAGAGGUAGAAAAUGGAACAGCUUCAAAUGGGCUAAAUGGUCAUCAGAACGACAAGGAGGAAAGUGACCAAGAAGUAGAACUUACACCAGAACAGGCUGAGGGAGCGUUCUCAAAUUUUAGAAUUUCAGCUGAGACUAUAACAAAAUUGAAAGCUAAAGGAAUAACACAUCUGUUCCCUAUCCAGUCGCAGACCUUUAACUAUGUGUAUGAUGGAGAAGAUGUUAUUGCACAAGCAAGAACGGGAACAGGAAAGACACUGUCCUUCGCACUUCCAUUGGUGGAGCGUCUCCAUAAGGACAACACACAGAAAAGAGGCCGACCACCAAAAGUUUUAGUGAUGGCACCAACUAGGGAGCUGGCUAAGCAGGUGUGUAAUGACUUUGAGUCCAUCAGUGACAAAAUCUCAUCCUUCUGUAUCUAUGGUGGCACUCCAUACUAUCCCCAAGAAAAUGCUAUCAGGGCUGGUUUAGAUGUAUUGGUGGGGACACCUGGCCGUAUUCUUGAUCAUGUGGAAAAGGGCAAUCUGGAUUUCUCUACCCUACAAUAUGUGGUUCUGGAUGAAGUGGACAUGAUGCUGGACAUGGGCUUUGCUGAUAGUGUUGACCAAAUCAUCAAGUCAGCCUACACAAACAAAGAGGAGGGGACCAAGCCUCAGACCCUACUCUUCACAGCAACACUGCCCCCAUGGGUGUACGAGACUGCCAAGAAGUACAUGGAUGUAAAUAACAUAAAGAAAGUGAACCUGGUAGGAACCCAGGAGAGCCGUACCUCCACCACAGUUGAGCACAUGGCCAUCAAAUGUAGCUAUCACGACCGAGCAGCUACUAUUGGAAAUGUUGUGUCUGUGUACAGUGGUGAGCACGGACGUGCCAUGAUCUUCUGUCAGACGAAGCGUGAUGCUGAUGAGCUGGCAGUCAGUCCACUUAUCAAACAAGAUGGGCAUGUUCUCCAUGGCGACAUCCCACAGGGAAAACGAGAGUCUGUGCUUAAGAUGUUCAAGGAAGGCAAAUACAAGGUCCUUAUCACAACAGAUGUGGCAGCACGUGGCUUAGAUGUCCCGUUGGUUGACCUUGUGAUUCAAUGUAAUCCUCCCAAGGAUGUUGACUCCUACAUACACAGAUCAGGACGGACUGGGCGUGCUGGUCGCUCUGGCGUCUGUGUGUGCUUCUACAAACCCCAGGAGGAACAUGAUUUAGCCUGGGUGGAGACAAAAGCAAGGAUCAAAUUUAAGAAAGUUGGAGGGCCAUCUACAGCUGAUCUGAUCAAGGCUUCAGCAGACGAUGCUGCUAGGUCUUUAGCUAUGGUGACAGACGAAACUCUGCAAUAUUUCCGAGAGUCCGCUGAGAAUCUGAUCGCAGAACGUGGUGCAGUGAAUGCUUUGUCAGCAGCCCUUGCUGUGAUGUCUGGAAGUAAAAGCAUUGUACCUCGCUCUCUCCUCUUAUGUAAAGAGGGCUAUACAACAUAUAUCUACAGGACCAACAUAGAGAUGCGUGGCAUGACAUAUGCUUGGAGAGCUCUUGAACGCCAACUACAGGAAGAAACCAAGGAAAAAAUCAAAGGCAUGAGGUUCACCAAAGACCACAUGGCUGUUGUGUUCGACAUACCUGCAGAUUGUGACGAUUACAUUGCCAACACAUGGGUCGACUCGGACCGAGAUUCUCUCAUAAAAGCUACAGAACUUCCAGAGAUGGACGAACAAACAUACAGCAGCUUUGGACGUGGAGGGGGUAGAGGUGGCCGAGGAGGUGGAAGGGGUUUUGGUGGACGAGGAUUUGGGGGCAGGGGACGAGAUCAAGGUCGAGGAAGUCCAAGAGGGAGGGGCAGCGGUGGGGGAUUCAGAGGGGGAUUCAACAAAAGAAAAGUAGACUUUAGCGGCGAACCACAAAACAAGAAAAUGAAAUUUGAUUGAACAGAUGAUUAAUUUAAAUGAAAUUUACCAUGAAGAUUGUCAUUUAAACACAUGUUAAGAGAUAUGAAGAUUGUCAUUUAAACACACAUUAAGAGAUGUGAAGAUUGUCAUUUAAACACACGUUAAGAGAUAAGAAGAUUGUCAUUUUAACACACAUUAAGAGAUAUGAAGAUUGUCAUUUAAACACACGUUAAGAGAUAUGAAGAUUGUCAUUUAAACACACAUUAAGAGAUAUGAAGAUUGUCAUUUAAACACACAUUAAGAGAUGUGAAGAUUGUCAUCUAAACACACAUUAAGAGAUAUGAAGAUUGUCAUUUAAACACACAUUAAGAGAUGUGAAGAUUGUCAUUUAAACACACAUUAAGAGAUAUGAAGAUUGUCAUUUAAACACACGUUAAGAGAUAUUAAGUGGUCUUGGAACAUAUUGAAUGUAACUUGUUCUGUUGUCGUAUUUAUCCAUGCUAUAUUAAAUGAUAUUGUUGUAGA